GGGAAGAAUUCAAUCUAAAUCAAUCAUGCCUCAACUGGAUAAAUUCACUUAUUUUACACAAUUCUUCUGGUCAUGCCUUUUCCUCUUUACUUUCUAUAUUCCCAUAUGCAAUGAUGGAGAUGGAGUACUUGGGAUCAGCAGAAUUCUAAAACUACGGAACCAACUGGUUUCACACCGGGGGAACAAGAUCCGGAGCAAGGACCCCAACAGUUUGGAAGAUAUCUUGAGAAAAGGUUUUAGUACCGGUGUAUCCUAUAUGUACUCUAGUUUAUUCGAAGUAUCCCAAUGGUGUAAGGCUGUCGACUUAUUGGGAAAAAGGAGGAAAAUCACUUUGAUCUCUUGUUUCGGAGAAAUAAGUGGCUCGCGAGGAAUGGAAAGAAACAUAUUCUAUUUGAUCUCGAAGUCCUCAUAUAGCAUUUCUUCUAAUCCUGGAUGGGGGAUCACUUGUACUUGUAGUAAUGACAUAAUGCUAAUCCAUGUUCCACACGGCCAAGGAAGCAUCGUUUUUUAAUCUCAACCAACCACUUCGGCCUAAUCAUCCCACUUCUUUCCUCAAUCCCAAUAAACCCAAUAAAGGAUAUCGAUUUCCGAUAACCACUUUCACCCGAUCCAAUUCACCUCCAUCGAGGCAGCGAACUAGUAUAUCAUCUUUCCUGAGGAAUGGAAGGAUGUAGUGGUAUUAGAAUUCUCCGGCUACACGAUGAGAAAAAAGCAUCCCUUUUCUCCUUAAUAAUAGUUUCUUCUAUCUGGUACUUAAUUAAGAUGAAAGCCGGUAAGAAGUGCAUCUUGCUUGGAAAGACCGUUGCCGAAGAAAGGGCUAUUAGAUGGGCGAUUCCCCCCUUUCCAUUGAAGUAGGUAAAGCGGGAUGAAAGCUCUAAGCCCGCAUCUUCCGCUUCUAUUAGAGGGGCAGCGGAUCCAAUCCAUUCGAAGGGGGAGCAGAGCAGUCAAAGAAUGAAGCAAACCAAAAAUGAAAUUUUGUGAAAGACUCCUUUUGUCCUUGUCCCCCCAUCAGCAAUUUCUUCUUAUACUUUUUGCCUUUUGCUUCUUCUUUAUGCUCACUAUGCCUUUAUUGCUUUAUAUCCAUCGCCUCUUAAACAUCUACUCCAAAAUAAUCAGAGAGGUGUUUGAGUGGAACAAGCAGUUUGGAAGGCCUAUCACCUUCCAAUACAGCUGGUUAAAUGGGGUCAAAAUUGGAGUUCAGGAGAAAAAGGGGAUUGUCCCAACGAGUCUUCUGUUCAAUCAAAGACCUCUAGCUCAUAGUUCAAUUGGACAUGUAGGUUAUAUUCGUACUGGGUUCUCAUGUGGAACCGAAGAUCCAUUUUCCCACGUAGUUCGUCGGUUAAACCAACGAUUCUCUUCUCAAAGUCAAA